CAUUCGUUGCUAAAUCUCCAGGCGAGGACACAUAGAUUUGCUGUUGUUUCCCUGACUCUGGCUGUUUUAAAGAAAGAUUUGUCUCCUCUCUACCUACUGACACUGGAACAGGACAAAGAAAAGGAAUCUUUUUGCAGCCUCCUGCUAGUGAACUCAAUGGACAUGAACACAUGCAAAUCUAGGAAGGACUGAUUAAAGAUAUUGUAUGUAAAACGAUGCGAGCCAGGGUAAUUUAGCAAUUUCUUUGACAAUUUCGUGAUGAGUUGGUUUCAGAAACUGCCUUCCUCAUUUCAGAAGCAAUUUCAAGACUGUACAACCAAUGAAUGUACCUUGAGCUGGAUUUCAGAUGCUAAAAUGCCAACGUGAACAGCGUUUACUUCUUUUGGAGACAAGGGAUUGAGUCUGCCACAAGCAUGAAUUCCUCAUCUUAUAAUCAUUGGCUACAGGAGAGCCCUAACCUCAGAAACCAGAGUUUCCCAGGAUUCACCAGCACCAAUGCCUCACCCAGCAAUGAUGCCUCCUCAGGCUGCUAUGAGCAACUGUGGAUCUCAACGGAGGUCUUCCUCACACUGGGCAUCAUCAGCCUCUUGGCCAACAUUCUGGUCAUCGCCGCCAUCAUCAAGAACAAGAACCUACACUCGCCCAUGUACUUUUUCAUUUGCAGUUUGGCAGUGGCCGACAUGUUGGUCAGCGUAUCCAACGCAUGGGAGACAAUCUUCAUCGCCAUGUUGAAGAGUAGGCAUUUUGUUGCUCGGGACAGCUUAAUAAAGAGUAUGGAUAAUGUGCUAGACUCCAUGAUCUGCACCUCUCUGCUCGCCUCCAUUUGGAGCUUGCUGGCCAUUGCCAUCGACAGGUACAUCACUAUCUUCUACGCGCUGCGCUACCACAACAUCAUGACGGUGAGAAGGGCACUGGCAGUCAUUGCUGGUAUCUGGAUGGCUUGUACAGUCUCGGGGAUUCUGUUCAUUGUCUACUCUGAGAGCACCACAGUCGUCAUCUGUCUCAUCACAAUGUUCUUCACCAUGCUCGCCCUCAUGGUCUCACUCUACGUUCACAUGUUCAUGCUGGCACGCUUGCACGUCAAGCGAAUUGCCGCACUGCCCGGCAACGGUGCCAUCCACCACAUGGCAAACAUGAAAGGGGCCAUCACCCUCACCAUCCUCCUCGGUGUCUUUGUCGUCUGUUGGGCUCCCUUCUUCCUGCACCUCAUCCUCAUCGUCUCCUGCCCCCGAAACCCGUACUGCCUCUGCUUCAUGUCACACUUCAACAUGUACUUAAUCCUAAUCAUGUGCAACUCAGUCAUCGAUCCUCUCAUCUACGCUUUCCGCAGUCAGGAAAUGCGGAAGACUUUCCAAGAAAUAAUUUGCUGCUACAGCCUGCAUGGAAUUUGUGACCUGACAAAUAAGUAUUGAUAUAACUGGAGGGAAAGCAGUCAGACCAUCACAAGAUGUUUCGUGCUGCAUGACAUCUCAAUUGAGGGGGGAAAUAGUUCCUUGCUCCCUAAAGAAAUAUUGAUGCUUUCCUCUGUAUUUUACCAUGGUUUCUUAUUUCCUCCCCAUGACGUGGUUCUCUUCACUGAAGGUGUUAGUUGUUUCUUGGAGUUAUCUUCAUCUCUCAUGCUUCAUGUCAAUGAGUAUUCCCUGGAUUUGAGCCUGGACAGUGAGUAUUAGGAGAAAAUGUGAUUGCUUUUGGAUGGUAGGGGAAGGGGGGUGAUGGGCAGAAAGUCUCAUGAGGUUUCAUGUGCAACUGAAGCCCUUGUUUAUCAGAUAUUACCAUUUAGUGAUCAGGAGGGAAAGAGGAGGCUGCUUUUAAUCCCCCUAAAUCUAGGACAUUGGGGCUAAUUGUAGCAUUCCCUAACAGCCAAGCUCAGUCAUUUCACUGUGGCUGACUGACCUUAGAAUGGAAUAUAGAGUUCGCAGAGUACAGAAGGAAGCCAUUCUACCAGCCAUGCUUUGACUAGCAUUUUGCAAAAGUCAUCCAAUUUGGCCUCACACUUCAAUUGUUUUCCCAUAACUCUACAAAUCAAUCCUCAUCAAGUACUUUUCCAAUUGGUUUCCCAUUCCUUCCCUUCACUACCCUGCCAAUGAAUUCAAAUCCUUGACCAAAUCUAGAACCUUCUAGCUCAAAACAAGACACUUCUUGAGCAGCAUGGUGAGGCAGACAUCUUUGAGUUCUGAGGGAGACCCAGAUAAGAAGAUUUGAAGGGGGAAUAGAGCUGUCCCUCAUUUGUCAGAAGCUGCACAGACUCCCCUCCCCUUGUUCCUGGGCAUUCAGUGAAUGCAUUUUGGCAACGUGUGUGUGUGUUCAGAAAUGCUUUGAAAAUAUCAUCGGCAAUGCAUAAUUCAAAUGUUUUUCUUAUUGCUAUGAAUCUAGAAGCUGUUACUGAAUUAAAAAGAGCUACAGUUGGAAUGUGCUGUCUUUCACACUACCUACAGCAAUUGUGCAGGCUGGAGAGAAGCAACUCAACUGGAAUGCCUUGAGAAUUCCUUUCAAAGACUGCUCUCCCCAACUCAGAUUACACAAACAUCUGUGUUCAUGGUGGUUUCUAACUAUUGAUGUUUUGAUUAGAAACCCGCUAGGCUGUUUAGCUCAUUUACUGCAGCUUAUUACAAGCUGUUAUAUCACAGGAUUGUGGAAUCAUAGAAUGAAAGAGAGUAAGUAAAAGCCAUUCGACCCCUCAUGGCUUUGCCUGCUCUCUCAGGGAACCAUCCAGUGAUUUCCACUCCCUCCAUCCCGAUCGUUUUGUGUAUCCUUGUGAUUUUACCUCCUCUAUGUACUUCUGCCAAUCCCUUUCUCCUUCUCGUUUUGCUCUCCUCUGACAAACUGCCUUUGCAUCUGUAUUUCAACAUCAUCUGCUGUGUAUCGAUACCUUAGUGUUUAUCUGGC